UGGAUUCAUUUCUUACAGGUUUCUCUGCACCUCAACUCCUACUAAUCAAUCAAAUUCUGGGUCUGGUGGAUCAACAAAUUCUGGAAACAUCGAGAGCUCUGGUGGUGGUUGUCACAAGACCGACCAGGGAAAGUCUAUUCGGGGUAGUGGAAGUUACACUUCCUUUGUUUACAAGCAUAUAACAGAAUUUAAGUCAGCGAUACACAUUAAUGCAUCCAAUACUCGUGCUACAAGGUUUAAGUCAGCGAUACACAUUAAUGCACCCAAUACUCGUAUCCUACAAGGGCAGCCCGACGCACUAAGCUCCCGCUAUGCACGGGUUUGGGAAGGGAUGGACCACAAGGAUCUACUCCUGUUUCAUGGAUGAGCUUCUUUCUACUUUUUUGCACUGGAGCAGGAUUGGUUUACUAUUAUGACAGGGAAAAGAAACGGCAUAUUGAAGGUAGAUUACUAUGGAGGCCUCAAGUUUGCUGCACUAAUUUUUUGAAGAUUAGGAGAAGUCUGGAUCUUGAAAGAGAUAUGGUUGAGCAAGUAGGCGAAUAUGUUAAAGAGUUCCACCCAAACUUGAUUGGCCUCACUGGUAGCCCAGAAGAGAUAAAGAAAACAGCACGUGCUUAUCGGGUUUACUAUAUGAAGACAGAAGAAGAGGGCUUAGAUUACCUUGUUGAUCACUCAAUAGUCAUGUAUCUUAUGGACCCUAAGAUGGAUUUUGUGAAGUAUUUUGGGAAGAACAAUGAUGUCGACAUGCUUGCUGAUGGAAUAAUUAUGGAGAUAAAGCAAUACAAGCGAGUCAAGGCAUAAUACUCUUGGAAAGGUCUAGCUGUUUCUAGAGCAUUGAGCAUUGCAUUCGGUGGAAAUUUGUGUACCGAGUAAAGAAAUUUUGAGUAUGUUAGGUCUUACACAAUAUUUGAGUAAAAAAAUGAUACUCAACUUUCAUUAUUUGAAGGAAACUGUUGCAGUUUUUAUGGUAUACCAUAAUCCUAAGUUAGGAAUACACUUUUCUAAGGUAUUUUUAGGUAUCUAGCAUUACCCUUGGCAACUAACUAAACGUUGUUGUCUUCAAUAUAAUAAGAUUGAAUUAUGGCGGUCAUUUUGGAGUUCAUCAGAAGUUUCAGAAUAUUGUUGAUCCAA